AUGGUAAGAAUGACCACUUACGAAAAAUUGGUGGAGGGUGCCACCAAGAUUAAACUGGCUCCUCCUAAACCCAAAUAUAUAGAGCCCAUUCUUAUGGCUACAGCCAAUGGAGACGAUGCUGAAUCAUUCAGAACUGUAAUGAGGACGCUCACGCGGAGGCUUCAGGAUUCGGCGUGGACAAUUGUCUAUAAGUCAUUGAUUACCCUACACAUUAUGAUUCGGGAAGGUGAUGAAAAUGUGACCAUUAGAUAUCUUGCUCGGCAUCCCGGUAUGCUUGAGUUGAAGAUUACCAAUGGAAGCGGUCAUUACAUAGCGAACGGAGGAGAGUUGCACAUGCUACUGACGUAUGCCAACUAUUUUGCCGUCAGGGGUCGGGAAUUUGGUGCUACAACGCACGAUUUUAUUAGAGAGACGAAACGUCCAGCUGGCUCCUGGAGUUCUCAAGUCGCAAACUCUAGCUUGAGGAAGCUCUCUGUGGAGAAAGGCUUGUUACGGGAAAUUGAAAGUGUUCAGAGGCAAAUUGAGGCACUCAUUCGUUGUCGGUUCAGAGAAUCCGAGGUCAAUAAUGACUUGGUUGUCUUGGGAUUUCGAAUGCUCACCACAGAUCUACUGUCUCUCUACCAGACGUUAAACGAGGGUGUGUUGAAUAUCUUGGAGCACUUUUUCGAAUUGAGUAAGGUUGAUGCGGAAAGAGCGUUUGAGAUCUAUACCAGUUUUACCAAGGAGACGACGCAGGUCAUCGAAUUUUUGCGCGUUGCCAAGCAUCUGGAACAUAUUACAAAGCUGCAUGUCCCCACGAUCAAACAUGCACAGACGAGUUUAACUGAAUCUUUAAGCGAUUAUAUCAAUGACCCUUACUUUGAAGUGAAUCGGAGGCAGUAUCUGGCUGAACAAGACGUGAAAAACGGCAAAGGAGACGGAAAGGGAAAAGAGAACGAGAAGGCAAAAGAGAACGAGAAGAAGGAAAGCAAGGCAGUGGCCCAGAGUUCGCAGCAGAGUGUACCUUCUGUUCAAGGGAGCCUUGAGUUGCAAACGACUGGGUUUAACCCCUUCUCUAACUACAUUCGGUUUCAGCCUUCUAAUCUUGCUCCUGUUCCAGAGUUUCCUCAGCAGACAGUUGGACAACAGAUUCCACCACCAGUCCAAUUUGUUCAGCAACCGACUGUUCAGCCGAUUUCAUUGGUUUCGGCAGCUACUAUAGGAGAAUUCCCGCAACAACAAAUGCAGAGUGCUUUGCAGCAGACUCCACAAACAGUUCCCGGGGUUGCAAUGAGUUCUGUGGUUCCACAGCCCAUCCAGCGUGCCCAAACGACGGGCAAUUCAGUUCGUGGAAACCUUCGUAGGCAGUCGACGAAUCCAUUUAUUAUGGAUUCACAAAAGAACUCGAACGUCUCUGUCGAUAGUCAUAAUCCUUUUGCAAAUACUCGGUUCUCGUCGAAUUCAGGUAUCACAGCUAUGAGCUUUCCCCAAGACAGGUCUACUCAACGACCAGCGAUAUCGCGCAUGGAAUCAAAUCCAUUUACCUCGGCUGGACCUGCACCUACGCCCUACGUUGAACCAAUGCCUCAGGGGUUGAAGCCUCAAGCUACUGCUGGAGGAUUAGAAAAUCUUCCUACUAUUCCAAUUUUCCCUGAGACUAGACGGGAAAGUGCGGAUCAGCAGAGGCAGAUGGAUGCUGCCCGACAGUUACAUCAGCAGAAGAUGCAGCAGAUGCAGCAGGCGCAAGCACAGAUGCAGGCUCAGGCUCAGGCUCAGGCCCAGGCUCAGGCCCAGGCUCAGGCUCAGGCUCAGGCUCAGGCUCAGGCUCAGGCUCAGGCUCAGUUUCAAGCUCAGUUUCAAUCUCAAUUUCAACCGCAGAUGCAAAUGCAACCCCAAAUGCAGAUUCAGACUCCCCAAAACUACAAUCCAUUCCUGCAAACAUCAAAUGGGGAACAGAACGCUACAUCAAAUGGACAGCCAUUCUCAUCAGUCUACAAUGGUCCAAACUUAUUAGGCUGA